AUGGCUGAUAAGCACGCUGCCCUCAUCACCAUGCUUGCGCUCCUCGCGCCAAUGGCGUGCCAGGGCUUCACCACUUUCCCUAUCCUCUGCUCGGGAGAGUGGGUUCGCCCAAUAAAGAAAAUCGUUCCAAUCUUAGGGUUUUUGGGUGACUUUGUCCGCCCUGAUGGCUCGAGGCCCACCCCUAUCCCUUCUCCAAGGCCCCCAAGCCCUGCUCCCACUGGACUAGGGCUUAGUGUCGGCUACUACAACAGCAGCUACUCGAAUUACUCGUGCCCUAACGCGGAAACCAUCGUCAAGAAGGCUGUGGAGGACGCCAUCUACAGGGACGGGCGUGGCAUUAGCGCAGGGCUCAUUCAUCUCUUCUUUCACGACUGCUUCGUUCGGGGUUGCGAUGCGUCCAUUCUGCUCGAUCCAACCAGCGACAACCAGCAGCCGGAGAAGUUCGGCAUACCCAACUUCCCGAGCAUGCGCGGCUACGAGGUGAUCGACGCCGCCAAGGCGGAGCUCGAGGCGAAAUGCCCCGGCAAGGUCUCGUGCGCGGACAUCGUCGCCUUCGCCGCCCGCGACGCGUCCUACUUCCUCAGCGGCGGCGGCAUCAACUUCGACAUGCCCGCGGGCCGCUACGACGGCAACGUGUCCCUGGCCAGCGAGACCCUCCCCAACCUGCCGCCGCCGUUCGCCGGCCUCCAGCAGCUUGAGAAGAUGUUCGCCGACAAAGGGCUCGACAGCUUCGACAUGGUGACGCUCUCCGGCGCGCACAGCAUCGGGCGCUCCCACUGCUCGUCCUUCAGCCGCGACCGCCUCCCUCCCAGCGCCACCUCCGACAUGGACCCGGCGUUCGCCGCCGGGCUGCAGGCUAACUGCUCGUCGGCGAACGGCGCCGACAACACGGUGGUGGAGGACCACGAGACCCCCGACGUCCUGGACAACCAGUACUACCAGAACGUGCUCGACCGCAAGGUCCUCUUCACGUCGGACGCCGCGCUCACCUCCAAGGACAUGACCAACAACCUGGUGCGUGUCUACGCGAUCUUUCCGUGGCUGUGGCAGCAGAAGUUCGAAGAAGCCAUGGUGAAGAUGAGCCGCAUCGAGGUCAAGACAGCCGCCACCGGGGAGAUCAGGAGGACGUGCCGCGCCGUCAACAGCAAGCCGUGAUCAGAUGGCCGGCCGUAGUUCGCGUGCCUGGUGAUGAAUUAACUCUGACGCUGUUUUAUCUACUUUUCCCCCUAAUUUUGAUCCGUUCUAUUGUUGCGCUUGUGCUGUAACAAAAUGGUUGUUUUCUUGGAAUUCAUUAUAGGGUGUUAAUU